AUGGCUUCGGCAGCAGUUCAAGUCUCAGCAGGCCACGGCCCCAGUCUGGCGCAGAAGCCAUCCAUCCCGGUCUCGGACAAACCACACCAUGUGCAAACUACUCUCAACUUCCUGAAGGAAAAUGAAGAUGGCUCGCCUCCUUCUCCGAGUUACGUCGGGAAGCCGGAGACUUAUGACAAGCCGACGGUGUCGAUUUCUGUUACUAUUCACGAUGUCAGUGGUCGCGAGCUCGAUUAUUCGCUUGACGAUCAGGGAUUUCAGUUCUACUACCACGAGAGCGCCGAGAAGGAUUUCUUGGAUGAUGAGAAGAUUAAGCGCGAAUAUUAUCCUGAGACGGAGCGGCUACUUAAGGAUGCUACCGGCGGCUCCCGAGUCUUCAUCUUCGACCAUACCAUCCGCCGCGCACCAAAGGAUGCAUCCCGCGAAGCUGCUCUACGAGGCCCCGUCCAACGCGUCCAUAUAGACCAGACCUACUCAGCCUCCAAGAAUCGAGUCUCAUACCAUCUUCCCGAAGAUGCGCCCGAGCUGCUGAAAGGUCGCUAUCAAAUUAUCAACGUCUGGCGACCGAUUCGCACGAUCCUCAAAGAUCCUCUGACCGUCGCCGACGCGCAUACUGUGUCUGACAACGACCUGGUGCCUGUGGGAUUGAUCUAUCCGGAUCGUGCGGGCGAGACGUUCGCCGUCAAGCCGGAUCCGAAUAUUAAGUGGUAUUAUCGGUAUGGACAGAUGCCUAAUUUGGUCACUUUGAUCAAGUGUUUUGAUUCGAAGACGGAUGGGCGGGCGCGAAGGGUCCCUCAUUCGGCGUUUGUCAACCCUGAGACAGAAAAUGAGGCUGACCGGGAGAGUAUUGAGGUGCGGGCUUUGGUAUUCCAUCCUGAGGACCAGGAGUAA